AUGAUAGAGCGGAGAGACACUUUUUCUCCUUCGGGUCGUCGGCUGACAAAUGGCGGCGGCCCGACAGAUAAAAUGGCGGCGAUUCGGUUCGUCGCGAUUACUCACUGGAUGAUGGCGAUGGAAAUGGCGCCCGUGUCGUUAGCCUCGCACGCGGUCUUGUGCAACAACGACGCCUGCACGUCCGGGAAUUACAUGCACGGAGCGUGUUUCCGCGAAUUUGAGCAGGGCCUGAUGAUUUAUUUGAAAAACUGCGGUCGAGCCAGGUCAUGGAGCGACAAGCAGCGCCAGCAGAACGUGUGGACCAAAAAGGGCUAUGACCUGGUCUACCGCAUCUGCAUGUGCAAGUGUGGACGAGGGCAUUUGCGCAAAGACCUCGACUGGGUCCCUCCGAGGGCUCAGCUUAACCAGGAGGUGGAUGCGAAGAAAAAGAAGAAGAAGAACAAGCAGAACGCAUUGCCAGUGCUGGGCCUGGGUCUGCCACAACACCAACAACAACAACAACAACAACAGCAACAGCCGCAAAAUCAGCACGGCGCCGGCAGUCCGCCGCGACACGCCGGAGUGCCAGUGGCGGUCUCGAUGGCGCCUCAGGAGCCGCCGCGGCCGCGCACGUCGUCCAUGUCGUCGACAGGAAGCUCGAGUUGCUCACCUGGCAGCGGAUCCACUUCCGGUAUCGACUCUCCGUCGAGUCCGACCCACGGCAUCCGUCGCAAGUCCAGCAACGAAAUCUGUGUCGUCGACCGAGCAAGACACGGAUCCGGUGGGAACAGUUCGUUCAGCCGUCGCCCAGAUUUCAGCUCCUUCAACGUCUUGCCACGUCACAAGAUCAACUCUUACCACAUCAAGCGGAACCUGUCACCCGCGGAGAUGAUGGAAAACGUCAUCCUGUGCCCUGUUGAUCCAGGAAACCUAUAUCCUGGGGGAUCGAUUGGCACGACGCCCUGA